AUGAACAAAGAAAUAAAUGCUUUGGAAUUAAACAGUACUUGGUACCUAACUGAUCUCCCUAAAGGAAAGAAACCUACAGGAUCUCUUGCAGCCGCUAAAAACUGGCACCUACAUCAACUUGAUGUGGAUAAUGCCUUUCUUCAUGGAGAACUCAAUGAGGAGGUCUAUAUGUCACCCCCAUCAGGACUAAGUGUCUCCAAACAAGGGCAAGUUUGUCGUUUAACUAAAUCUCUAUAUGGACUCAAGCAAGCAAGUCAACAAUGGUUUGCCAAACUAUCUUCAUUCCUUAUAAGUCUUGGUUUUGUUCAAUCAAAGGAUGAUUAUUCCUUAUUUGUUCAGAAAACUACUAAUAGUUUUACUACUUUACUUUUUUAUGUAGAUGAUGUGAUACUGACUGUGAAUUCUAUGGAAGCUAUUAAUAGAACCAAAUCUUUAUUACACCAAGCUUUCAAAAUUAAGGAUCUUGGAAAAUUGAAAUUUUUCUUGGGCUUUGAGGUGGCUAGGACAACAAAGGCAAUCUAUUUGUGUCAAAUAAAGUAUGCUCUAGACAUCUUAGAAGAAACUGGGAUGCUUUACAGCAAACCCUGUCAAAGUCCUCUCAUGAGUAACACUAAGGAUCUUUUUGACACCAACAAAAUUGUUCACAACACAGAUUCCUAUCGAAGAUUAAUAGGGAAGCUUUUAUAUCUCACUAAUUCUAGGCCUGACAUUAGCUUCUCUGUUCAUUUACUCAGUCAAUUUGUGCAAGGACCAACUAUACAUCAUCACCAGGCUGCCCAACAUAUUCUUAGAUACAUCAAGGCAGAUCCAGGUCGUGGUCUUUUCUUCCCAAUUGGGACUGAUAUCCAAAUCAAAGGGUUUAGUGAUUAUGACUGGACUGCUUGUCCAGAAACUAUAAGAAGUGUUACUAGAUUCUGUAUAUUCCUUGGAAGUUCACUAGUUUCUUGGAAAACUAAGAAACAAAACACGGUUUCCAGAUCCUCUUCAGAGGCAGAGUAUAGGGCUCUCGCCACCACUACGUGCGAGAUCCAAUGGAUUAGCUACAUCCUUCGUGACCUACAAGUUCAAACUGAUCUUCCUGCUGUGCUUUAUUGCGACAAACAGUAUGCAAGACAUAUCGUGCACAAUCCCACCUUUCACGAACGCACCAAGCACAUAGACAUUGACUGUCAUGUGGUUCGGGAGCGACUUCAACAAAAUCUGUUUUGCCUUCUUCCGAUUAGCUCGAAUGACCAGCUCGCAGACGUUUUUACCAAAGCCCUCCAUCUCACUAACUUUAAAAUAAACAUCUCCAAGUUAGGAAUGUUGAGCAUCCACCAUCCAGCUUGA